AUGCCUUCCACCCGUCUGCAAAGUGUUUCCCCUCGCAAACUACCAUGCUCCAGCGAUACAGAGCUCUUUCAGACGCCAGUGCGGAAACGAUACCGCACCCUUGACGAAGAUGAGAGUUCACCUUCGUCCUCCCCUAGCGUAUGGAAGUCACCUCGGAAACGCCAACGUGUAGAUACUCCUAAAAGCCCAUCAAAGGAGAUGGACCUGGAGAAGAUUCUGCGGCGCAUCGUCGCCCAACCCGCCAACCACGAUGCGAUUACGGCUCUGAAGACUUUGCCUAGAGAUGAAAUCUCUCCUCGACUGUUGGUCAGGCGUCUGAUGCACUCUGCCAAGGCGGCUGUGAUGAAGCGAAAGGGGUCGAAGAAAAUCAAGCUUCUCGAGACGGAGCUGUACCUCGACUGGCUCAAUGAGCUUGAAUAUGUGCAUACUGCAUUACUGACUUGUUUGAACGCCAAAGUGCCCAACACACGCAAAAGACUACCUGGCUUAGGCAGAGUCUCCUAUACCAUCCUCUACAACCUUGUGGAUGAGUUCAUUGAUGAGGUCAAUGCCCAUCAUGACCGCCCCAUUUCAGGGUCUUCUGCGACCUCGUUAUACCCACCAACUAUGACCCUCGUUGAGGAGGCCAAGGAUCCAUCCACUGAUGAACGCUCGGAGCACGCUGUGGAGCUCGCCGAGGAGGCUUUGAAGGCCAUCGAUAAAGUAAUGGCGGACGCUGUCCGGCGGUAUAAAGCUGAAUGUGGGCGGAACAAUCCUGGGCUCGCACAGCGUAUCAGUGCUCAACAACACGCCCUUGCCAAAGGGUGUUGUUUACUGUGUGAACAAACGGGGUAUGGGACGGAUGUGAGUGAUAUGGGCGAUUCCCUUAUGGAGGAGACGAGAGAGGUUAUGGAUGUUUGGAAAAAUGAGUAUGAGGAUUGUGAAGACCAGCUAGUCGACUCUGAAUGA